UAGUUACCAGGCCUCCACAAUAGCUUUGUCAUUUCGGCCUAAAUACUUGUUUCAAGAAAGUACUUGUGACUGAGUUUAAAGAUGUCGUCAGAGCGUUACAGUUUUAGUUUAACUACAUUCAGUCCAUCAGGAAAGUUGGUUCAAAUAGAAUAUGCACUUGCUGCUGUGGCUGGAGGGGGGCCUUCUGUUGGAAUUAAAGCAUCAAAUGGAGUUGUUCUAGCUGCAGAAAAGAAGCAAAAGUCAAUAUUGUAUGAGGAAGCAACUGUUAGCAAGAUUGAAAUGAUAACAAAGAAUAUUGGCAUGGUUUAUAGUGGCAUGGGUCCAGACUUCAGAUUGUUGGUAAGAGAAGCCCGAAGGUUAGCUGCGAAUUACCAUUUAAAAUACGAAGAGACAAUACCCACGUCUCAGCUCGUACAACAAGUGUCUUCCGUCAUGCAGGAGUAUACUCAACAAGGUGGAGUUAGACCAUUCGGGGUUUCAUUGCUGAUAUGCGGAUGGGAUGAAGACCGACCUUUCCUGUUCCAGUGUGACCCAUCAGGAGCAUACUAUGCUUGGAAGGCAACUGCACUUGGCAAAAACUUCGUCAAUGGCAAAACAUUUCUUGAGAAAAGGUACAAUGAAAACAUCGAACUUGAGGACGCAGUUCACACGGCUGUUCUUACUCUUAAGGAGGGUUUCGAAGGACAGAUGACUGAAGACAACGUUGAGAUUGGAAUUUGCAACGAACAGGGGUUCCGUAAAAUGUCAACAUCAGAGAUCAAAGAAUAUCUCGCGUCCAUCUUGAUUUAAACGAAGAUCACUUAAGAUCUCUAAUCGUUUUAAAUUUGCUUUGUAAUUAGUAUUUCAUCCUUCUUUCUGAAGUUUA